AUGAUUGUAAGGCCACGAGUGGCACAGCGGCAGGAGGCCUUGUGGCAACUCGAGGGACUGCCUCACGACGUGCUUCGUUGUAUGCUGCGCGACGUUCAGGCGCAGCUGCAAGAGGAACGGCGCGCCUUUGCUCAAGAAAGGAAAGAGCUCGAACAUGUUCAGCUGCGGCUGGCCAAGCUAAAGAGGGACUUGGAGAUCGCGCAGAGGCAGCGAGAGCAGCAGCGUCAACACGCAAGCAAAGAUGCCGAAGCUGCCGCACGCACGUCCCGGCUACUGCGGGCAGCGAGACGGCGAGAACAGGAGUAUGAGGAGGCGAUUGCGCGAACUCUAGACGAGAUUUAUCAGCUUCGUUGCGGCAACCGCGACGGGGCCGCCUCUCCCACGUCGGUGCCGGUCAUUUCGGCCGGUGUGGACGUUCUUUCGAUGAACUCACCUGGACCGCACCGCGCGGACGUGUCUACCGAGGCGAGAGUGCCUCCGACCUCCGCGCGGGAGUCGAGUCGCGCCGCCGCCGCCGCGAGAGCAUCGAAUGAGGAGCAGCGGCGCUCAGUGCUCUUACACAAACUGGCUCAUUGCGUAGCGCGCGUGGAGCGUGAGAAUCGAAUGCUUCGGAGCAACAUCGACGUCUUGAGCCGUGGCGACGCUUCCUCUGUGAGGCUCUAUCACGAGUUGGAGUCGCUUCGUUCUUCACAGGUUGCGUGA